AUGAUGUUCAGUAGUAACAAACAAAGACAACAACAACAAUCACCUGCUGUUAUGAUUGGAGAAUGCUCAAGUCUUGAAUCUAUCUUGUUGGCAUUGGAGGAGUUGUUAUUAAAUAAUAAUGAAUUGGAUGAUGAUGUUGAUGGUGCAUCUUCAUUAGUAUCAAGUUCAAGCAAUAGUAAAGCUCAACGUAAACGGCGUAAUGAGAAGAGAUUCAUUGCCAACUUUAGUCAUCUGAUGCAACAGUUGAUUGAAUACAAGGCACAUAGAUCAAUGGUUCAGAUAUUCCAUCUUCGAUUCAUACACACUGGACAUCAAAUCAGUUGUAGACGCAUGGCUCUCUUGAUCUCGGUCAUCAGCGAGUUUUUGAAAGCUGUGAAUGGCAAUGGAAAUGGUAGCAGCUCCACCGAGCAUGGUGCAGACUUCUUUCUCUCGAUUGCAGACCCACAGACAGCUGCUGUAUACGACUCCCAGCUAACAGUGCCAGAGAUCCAGGUGGUGGCCACUGGUGGACCUGGUGGCCGAUCAAGUGGCAGCAGUAGUAGUACCAGUAGCAGUAGCACAUCGACUCCAUCCCCGCGCUCUCCAUCUCCCCUGCACCUCUCGACCAGCGCCAACAACUCCCAUCAAUCGUCACACUCUAAUGGCCAACCACAUUCACCUCGUGACCAUGGUGGCGGCGCGGAUAUUUUAAUGGCGCGACAACUCCAUGACUACUUGAUCACACGCUACACUGAUCCGGACAACUCGCUGGUUGGAUGCCAGCUAAAUCAAGCCUACAACGAAUCGUUGAUCAACUUCCAACUGCAAAACACAUAUAGCAAUCACUACUUGCUGGGCUUGAUCAAGUCGUGGGCCGGGCUCAAGGACGAUGCCAUGGCGCGCCAAGUACGCUCAAUGGCCACCACCAUCGCCAACACCGAGUUCAAACGAUCCGAGCUCGUACUAGUCGAUGUAUCAUCACCGCUUGGAGGUGGUGGUAUUGACAUGUUGAAGCUUCAACAACACCGUAACAUCAGUAACAACAAUGCCAACAACAAUAACUAUGAUGGAAGUACUAUGUCCAAUGGUGACACUUAUAGAUUCGCAAGGUUCGAGGAGGAAGGACCUGGCCGCAUGUGUAGGAUACAUCUCUCGCCGACUGAGAGCUCAUCGAUGCUGGCCACAGCCAGUAUGGACCAGGUGUACAAGGUGACACCUGAUAUCAUGGACCAGAUUCGUCUUGACAACUGGAUCGACCUGGUACACGACCCCUGGCAUCCCUUCCACCUGGCGCUCAACACCAGACAGAAUGAGAUAAUCGACAACCAUCUCGUGGCGCGGGGUAUCGAUGCACUUGUGAUCAAACGUUGCCACUCGAAUGAGAAUACUUUGAUGGACAAGAGUGGCCUGCGGCAGUGCAGGGACGAGCUGGUGGCAUUGCUGAAGGGUCUGGACACACAGUCACCAGUGACUCCAAUGCUCGCAGAGAUUGUUAGAUAUGUGAGGGAGGAGGCAUCUACCUUGCUGGACACUGCCCGUCGCACAUUCUGUUAUCUUCCUUUGGCCAACUCGAUGGAGGCAUCCAUCAAGGACGUCAAUGUGGACCAGGCCAUCAAACUGCGCUCCAAGAUCAAGGAGAUGUUGGAGUUGGUCGAGCGCAAUCUAAAGAGGAUGCAACAGGAGGAGGCCGACGUGCUGGAUGGCACGGCCAAGGACAGGAUCACUCAAUGGUGGCUCAAGCUGAUUCGCGAUGCAGUUGAGACCUUCCUCACGCUUUAUGGCUUUGACCUACAUGCCGUGCCACAGGACUACUUGAUCAAGCCUCCCCAGAACAUGCAAGCCGUAAAGGCCAACCUUGACCUCUUGCACGUUCUUCUGGCCACACCGCAACAACAACAACAACAAGAUCCAAGCGUGUCCCACCUGACCCGCGAGUUCCUCAAGGUCGUGGACCAUCUAGUGGACAUCGUCUAUCCAGCCGUGGACAAGUUUGUUCACGACAGCAGGUCAGUGGUCCUGGAUGUGUUUGGAGUAAGAUUGGACGAGUCCUCGCAACCAUCACAGCAACAGCAACAACAACAUGGAUGUAAAGAGAUGGAUAGAAUAGUCAAGGAUAUUGAAUAUCUAAUUGAGAUGAAGAGGUUGGAGAAGAUGUGUCCAGUGGAUACAACGGCACUUCAAUCAUCGGUCAAGACCGUCAACUCGGACAUUGUAACAAUACGUGGAUUGGCCAUCAAUCGACUACACCGUCUAGAGAAUGAGAUGAGAACAGUAGUCGAACAAUGGAGUCACCUUCUACUAAGAGUUGCUACACCGCCACCCUCUUCCUCCUCCUCUUCCUCCUCUUCCUCCUCCUCCUCAUCAUCAUCAACAACCACAAACAAUCAACAACAGACUCCAAGUAAGAACCAACAUCAUCAAGUAUUACAUCUUCAACUUCAACAUCCAAAGCAUUCCAAUGUGAUCAGUGGACAGAGAUCACCUAAA